AUGGCCCUUGCUUUGCUGUAUGUUGACAAAAAGGGCCAAUUGAAUGAGCCAUUUAUUGGUCUUGUUCGUGUUAGUGAUACAUCUGCAAAGUCGUUGAAAGAAACAGUACUUUCUUUGCUAAUAAAACACUCAUUAAGUCCAUCCAAAAUACGUGGACAAGGCUAUGAUGGGGCAAGUAAUAUGCAGGGAAAGAUGAAUGGUCUUAAGGCUUUAAUUUUGCAAGAAACUCCCUCGGCAUAUUCCGUUCAUUGUUUUGCUCAUCAAUUACAGUUGACGCUUGUAGCUGUUGCUAAGAAACACAAGGAGGUGGAGACUUUCUUUGCUAUUGUUACUAAUGUGUUGAAUGUGAUUGGAGUUUCUUUUAAGCGUAGAGAUCAACUUCGGGAACAUCAAACAAAAUUGUUGGAGCAAUUGCUAGAGAGUGGUGAAGUUCAAAGUGGGAAAGGAUUAUAUCAAGAGCGAGGGCUUCAAAGGUUGCAAGCAGAAGCUUUUUCGAGUAAAAUUAAAGCAUUUGAAUUUAUUUUCUUACUUUACUUAAUGUUGAAAGUGUUGAUAAUGUCAAACGAGUUGAGCAAAGCUUUACAGAAGAAAAAGCAAGAUAUCGUCAAUGCCAUGGUAUUUCUUGAUAUCACAAAGGAAAGGUUGCAAGAUAUGAGAGAUGAAGGAUGGGAACCAUUGAUGGAUGAAUGGUUGAUUUGCAACAUUCUGGAGCUUAAUAGUCGUUUUGAUGUUGUGAGUAGUAACUUGCUUCUUGGUAUGACUAGCUUGAAUCCGGAUAACUCAUUUCCUAAUUUUGAUAAGGAAAGAAUAAUGACAUUGGCCAAGCAUUAUCCCGAUGAGUUCGAUGAAUUGAAGCUUCCUCUUAGUCGCCGACUUGACACUUUCAUAUGA